AAACAGUGUAGGGCUUCUCAAACCUUUGUUCGAAGCAUCAUCAAAAUUCAAAAAUUCCUUUCAAAAUUAUGAGUGUCCCUGAGGGAAUCGCGGGAGCCUCGCCCGGCUCCAGAGCCUCGGCCUUCUAUGUCCACCUCCAGGAUCCGGUGAAGGAUCGUCCGCCCGUCGAGCUGCAGCUCAAGCACCACCGCCCGUCGCCACGUCCCCUGGCGGAGCGGCAGGCGGCGGCGGCUGAGCGUCGCAACGCUUUGGAGGAUCUCAAGGUGCAGGAGCUGUCGGUCCGCUUGGCCAAAGUGGCCCUCCUAACGGACCGUUACCAUCGGCACACCACCAAGAGCUGGCUGGAGGCCCGGGAUCGUAUUAGCCGCGACAUGGACGCCCAUGUGCGCCGUCGUACGACCCAGAUAUCGAACCGCCUGAAACACCUAUCCGAGCACAAUGACGAGGUGAAGGCCCGCAAGGAGGAGGCCCGGCAGGAGCGGUUCCUGCGGAAGCUAGCCCACCUCUACGAGGUCAAGACGGAGAGCACGAUUUCGCAAUUUUGGGGUAAACUUUAGGACUAAACACUACACAGUAAGAAAUUAAAUACAUUUUUUGCAUAUAA